AUUGCACGCCAAUAAUGAAUUUAGAUGAACUUUAAAAUAUUUAUUUACAUUAAAAUAUCACAAACAUAAGUGUGUAUAAGAAAUUCAUGUAAAAUUGAUAAAUUGACAUUGUUACAUAUUUUUGACACACAACUGAACAAGUUAAUAAGCACACCUGCAUACAACGUAAUAAUAAUAACUGAACAAUCCCUAGACCUCAGGACUACAAUUAAUUGAUUAUUGGACUAAUAUUGGUGGGGUGCGCCAAUCCUUGCAAUAGUGCAACGCGUGGACAACACUUGAGAAGCCCAUAGAGCAAGCUCUAGUGAUGGACUUUUACCCCUAUAAAAAUUAAUUUAAUAUCGUAUGGGCCAUUGGCCCACAUAUCAGAUAUUAAACUGAUAAGAACAGAUACUACACUUGAUCUUAGCCAAAAGGCCGAGAGAGGUAUGAAUUGGAUUGGGUGCAGAGCUGUCCUUUUAUAUCCACUCCCCUAGCUUCGUAAAUUAGCUUAAGCGAUGUGGUAUAAUGUAGCUCCUUAACACUAGUUUUCCAGAAAUCAGAACACAGCAGACAAAUAAAAGAAAGUAAGAAACCCAAGACAGAGGUCGAAAAGCAAGACAAAGCCUUAAUUGCUCUAACCUUACAACUUCGCCCCGUCUUUUGUUGCGGCCUAGACCGGGAAAAUGUCUUCUUCUUCCCGAGCUUGCUGAGUCAUUAGACUACUUUCUCCUGCGACAAGAACAGCUCCAGAAAGAGAAAGGCACUGUUAUUUCACGGCAUUAGUCGAGCAUAAGGCUGUUCGUAACGAAUUUUAUGUAAUGCUGCGGUCUUUCUGAAUCCUUACAUGAAGCAAUGGCCACGUUUUUGUUUGUGGGUGAGACUAAUUAGUAUCUUCGGUUAUUCUCUUAGAGGUAGAAAUAGAUCAAAACUAGCGGCAGCAGCUAGUUGCUAGUUUAAGGACUUCUGGGAGGGAGAAACAGAAGGCUUGGUAGUUGGUACGUUAUAUGUUCAUUGGGGCCCAAUAAUCUUACUAGUGUCUGAACCGAAGAAGGCUAGUUCUCAUAAGCCCAACCAAUAUAAGCCCAUAAACUAAUUUCUAUUUCCUUGAUUGUGUUCUUUGCCCGUUUGCUGAAAGAAAACCAGGGUUUCUGGAGAAGAACUGGAUCGACUGUCGGGUAUCAAAGAGGAAAAUUGAAGCGACAGUGAGAAGCAGAUUGAGGCUUUGAAGAAGAGGGGGAAAGAACAAAACAUGGAGAAAGUGGGAAGCAGUUCAGCACAAAUGGCAGCAGUAGCAUCGGAAGAAGAAGAGAUCGGAAGCUACUACCACAGCAGCAACGUGAAGAAAGCCAAGCUGCAAUCGACUCUAUCGGCACUCCUCGACGAUCCCGUCCUCGCCGACGUCCCCAAGAACCCUUCUCUAUCUGACGUCGACACUUUAAUCAGCCUCGAACUCGGCAGCGCGAUGCGGGUCUCCGUACUCAAACUCGACGGAACCACCUUCGACGUGGCGGUGAUGAACUCGGCAACCGUAAAGGAUUUGAAGGUAGCGAUCACGAGGAAAGUGACCGAAAUGGAGCAAUCGAAAAUGGGUCAUCGCCACAUUUCAUGGAGGCACGUUUGGGCUAACUUUGCCCUUUCCCACCAUAACCAAAAGCUUACCGACGACAACUCUCCCCUUCAGGAGUUCGGCUUACGCAACAAUUCUCAGGUGAAUUUUGUGCCAUAUGUUGCGGCUAAGGCUUCUGGGCAUCACUCCAAGAGGAAAAAACACCGGUUUUUUCAUGGCCUUAGUCGCGCAUAAGACCCUUGGCAUUGAACAUUGAGAGCUUCGUAGAUCCUUCGUCUCAAGCAAAGCAUGAUUCCAUCUGUGUCUUAUCGACUGCAAAACUGUUGCAAUGAAAAUGUCAACAAAGUUGCAGCCUUUCUGAAUCCUUAACAUCAAUUCAACUUUUGAUGUUUAUGGGUGACUCAAAGAGGCUGUUUUCUGUCUAUAUUUUUUUGUGUAUACUCUGUAGUAGAAAUCAGUUGGAACAUCAAUGGCGGGCAGUGGUUGUCGGUGAGCAAGUCCUUGGCUGGCGAUGAGUUCCCAACUCGUUGGCUGUUCUCUCUCAUUCGCCCUAAUUACGUUACUGAGAAUUUAUUCAAAUUAUGUACGAAGGAUGGUUUAUACCGAUUUCAAGGGCGUUUUGCAGGCCUCAAUGUUAAUGGAGAAAGGGAUGAUUUUUCAUUCUUAUUAGAUUGGCUUUCAUUUUUCAUUCUACACAAGCACAAAUCACGUUCGGAGCAGCUUGCAUAUCAGCAUUCAGCAGCAGCCAUGAGUGACCUCCUUCCGCUAUGGCAACCCUGUUUAUCAAGCAACAACAGACCAAACCACGGAUUGGAGGUCUCGAUCCUCUAUUAAUUAAAUGAAAAGAUAAAGAGUCG